UUGAAGUGCUUACAGUGAUAAAUGGUGGAAGAAAAACUUCAGUGAAAUUAAAAAAAAAAGUGAAUUAUUAAGAUAAAAGCAAAAAGAAAAUGUUCUAAGAGAAAUCGAUAUAUGAUAACUCAAAUAUUUGUGAACACUUAAAAAGCAUAACGUGAUGAACUAAUAAAUAACAUACAAUGUGAUGAAAUUUAUGUUUAAACGUUGUGGUUAUAUUGAAAUAUAAUAAAUAAAUAUAUAUUUGUUGUAAAUGUGAUAAUAAUUUGGGUUGUCUAUAAACCUAAAAAAAAAGUUAAAGACAAUUUGAUAACUAAGAGAAAAGAAAAAAAAAUUAAUUUAGAUAUUUCAUGUAAAGAGAUUUAAAGUUUAAAUUCUACAUAUGUAAAACGAAGUCUGAGAUAGAACUUAUCGGUUCUAGUCAAAAAUUGGCUUAUCUACUAUAAAUUAAUCAAAUUAAGAGAAUAUAUUACGAAAGUCGAAGAAUGAGUUCCGCCGUGUCUUCAACAAAUGUUCCAAGCACACCGAUUCUUGUUACUACACCAUCAAACGAUACAAAGCCAUCAUUUAAUGAUCAUAAGCGAGACGAUUCCAAUGAUGAUGAUCAGCGACACUUGAAUAAACAAAACUCGAACAAAACUUAUACUCGUGGUAACAGUAAUAAGAGCAAACAACUGACAAGAAGUCACGCAAUGAAGGAAUCUGCAUCACCUCCACGCACACCGAACUCUCAUUCACCCAACGAUAUGAAGUCUCAUUCACCAACGGCCCCGACGCUUGUUACAACAUCAUCAGAAAAUAUAAAUCUUGAAUCUCCAUCCUCACAGUUACUUACAGCACCGCCGACAUUCAUCUUGCCACAAUCAGAGUCAGUCGGUGGAAAAAGUCAGUUGGACAUAGAAUUUCCCAAGCUCACGCCGCCAAAGACAAAAGUUGGAUGGAGUUCAUCACCGCCAGGUUCGCGCAAUCAUAAUCGUAAAUCGGUUUCAUCAGACACAUCGUCCAAUAAUAAUUCCCUAAGCGAGGAUAUUAGCGAAUCUCAAAUUAAUGAUAAGACAAGUCAGCAACAGCAAAAAACAGGAUCUCAAAUAAUCUCUACUUCGACUGCAAGCAAUCAGUCGUCACAUUACAGCAGUGACAAAAAAUCGCCACAACAAAUCGAUAACGAAUGCGAACAAAGUUCAGUUGCUUCACUUGAAUUUAAUAAGCAAGAAGAGCGUGAACGUGUGAUAAUUUCACCAUCGAGAGCCCAAUGUCGUAGCCCAAAUUAUCAUCAUCAACAACAACAACAGCAAAAUGACAACAAUAAUAAUAAUGGAUCAAAAUCAACAACAAAUUCAGUUGUCGCUUCUUAUAUCAACGUCAAAGGAAAGCCACCUUUAAAGAAUAUGGGCUCGUCAUCAUCAUGUGAAGGUGGCAACACAUCAUCGGGCUUUAUUUCGCGUGAUAGUUCAAGCGAACAGUUUGUUGAUCAAAAUGGAAUCGAUUUGGUUCAGUUCUUCAAGGAAACAUUAAAUAAGAAUGUAAAAGAUCGUAAUAUGUUAAUGAAAAUUGAACGAGAUUUGACACAAUUGGCUGUGGAUCAAACGGGUCGUACUUUCAUCAAAUUUCCGCCUAUGUCUUCCUAUAAUCGGAUGUUGGUGCACAGGACAGCAGCUUACUUUGGAAUGGAUCAUAAUUUCGAUUCCGCACAAUUAUGUGUGAUUGCAUCGAUAACGAAAGAAACAAGACUUCCUGAUAUACGCUUUAAAACUCUCAUUCGCGAUACGUUCAGUGAAGAACCACGUAAGUCGAUCUUAAAACGUGAAGCUCACAGCUUCGAAGACUAUCGUCAAGGUGGUCUUCUCUCAGUUCAUCGUGGCAUUUUAAAUCGCAAAGCAAAAAGCUUUGAAGAACGUGAUGAGGAAUACGAUAAGGUAAGACGUCGUAUAUUCCGUAAUCGUGAAGUAUUCGGUGGUUAUGAAUCGGUUGAUGAACAGGAAUGGCAAUGGAUGCAACAGGAACGAAAUGAUACUGGCGGUGAUCUUUCGACUAAACUUAAAGUUCCAAAUCGUAUGAUAAAAGUUCAUGCUUCGUCAAUGGAAGGACGUUAUGGUGAAAGAAAUCCAUCAGUUUCGAAAUCACAUAGCUUUGGAGGUUAUGGUGGACCAAACAACAAUACAUUGAUGAGAGAUGAUUCGAUUUCAUCUAACAAAAGUACUGGAUCAAAGAUUCAUAAACAAGAUUCAUCAGCAAGUACAACAUGGAGAUUAUCACCAUCAAGCAGCGGCUACAAGACCCAAUCAUUGCGUUCAGAUUCUGUUACGCCAUCGCCAACUGGUUAUGGAAGCGAUACACCUGAACCACCAUCACAAUCACCCGAUAGAGGUGUGGUAUGGGCUGUGACUGACCUCGCGAGUGUGCCAAAGGGCAGCUUAAUUAUCGAUCCUCAUACACUUCAACCGAUUUUAAAUCAAGAUGGUUCUUUAUAUCAUUUUGAUCCUUCAAAUCCACCAACGAAAGCUGGCCGUUAUGGAAAUUCAGGAAAUUCACGUAAGAAACCCGACCGUCAGAGGUCGUUAAACAAUGCUGGGAAGCCUAAUUAUAGAGAUAGCACCGAUACUAACAACAUUAACACAAGUGGAACGUCUGAAUCUGAUAAAUCUGUUGUUUUGAUAUCUAACAAACCAAUUUCAAAAGUAAACACUUCUGAUUUUGAUGAUCAAACAGAUACAAUGCCGAUAGAAGCGCCCAAACCGUGUGAAAAUUCUGACGAUACCAGCACAACCAAAGAAGUUGAUUCUUGUGAAAGCAACUCUAGUCAAAUCGAUGUGAAAUCACAGUCGAGCUAUCUUAAUACAACAGAAGAAACGUCACCAAAGCAGAAGAAUCAGUCAACAAGUCCAAAUCUACCUUUGAACGAAAAAGUUAUAAACGAAGAAGAGGAAUCUGUCACGCCAACGUCAAGCAUCCAAGCUAUUGAAGAAAUUGGAAAUGAAGAUGAUGCGAAGAAAGAUGAUGUCAUUUCAACGUCCGCAACAGCAACACCUCCCGUCCAAGAGAUCAGAUAUCAAUCGAAUCCCUACGUCAACACAACAAAUCCUGCGGUUACUCCAACAUUAUCUGUGAUGGGAUAUGCGCCACCACCAGUACCAUUUUCAGCUCCAGUUGAUCCAGCUGGAACAAUUUAUCAUACUGGGGAAAAUGAGGUGGCAAACUGUUGGGUUCCAAUAUUUGAUCAAGGUGCUUUACAAUCGCGUGAUCCAAACAUGACAACAGUUAUGCCUGUGAGUUAUCAACCGACCCCAGCAUCGCCUUACAGUGGACCGACGACUUUAUAUCAAAGUCCGGUUGUUUAUUCAGCUGAUCAAUUUCCUAAUCAACCAGCUAUUGCUGGUCAGUAUCCAAUGAGUUAUCCGAUGGGAUAUGCUACGUAUCCAGUUAAUGGUGCUCCAUAUCAAAACUUUUGGCCUCAACCAAUGACAUACUUUUUACCACAACCAACGGCAACACCUACGCCUGUUCUUGUUCCACCUGGCGCUCCACCAACUUCAAUACAAUCGACCCCUUCCGUUAACAGUCACAAUCCAAGUACAAAUUCAGGUGCAUCGGGAAGACGAAGUUCACCACCAUCGGCUCAUAAUAAUAAUACUAACAAUAACAGUAACACUACCAACAGCACAUCAACUCCAGGCUUAUCUUCGAUACAUACAACGGCUGUUCCAUUGCAGACUUUUCCUUCAAGUGUUCCUUUAUCAUUAGCCACAACAGACAACAAUAGUGGUUCGGGUCCUCAGGCAUUAUAUGCGAUACCACCUUCGGUCUAUCCAAAUGUCCUUCCAUAUGGCACACAACCUGCUGCUGGCUUUUAUCAACCAUUGCCCCAUCAUCCUCCAGCUAACACAACAAUCAUCAGUUCUGUUAUUCCCCAUUCAAAUGCUCAUCCUACGGGUCUACCAUCAACGCCACAUACAUUUCAAUCUAAUGUCGGACAUGUACAAGGCGCUGAAGUUUUAACUCAUUUCCCAUUCAAUCAACCACCGCAAAAUAUGAGCAUCAAUAAUGUCAAUAUGAAUAGCAAUGUGGCGACAACAUCAACGCCACAAUCAGCUCCAAGUACACCUUUAUCAUUGACGACAGUUCAACCGAGUUUUAAGAAUCCUCCAUUAUUCGCAACACCGCCAAUUAUAGCAACGUCAACAAUUCCGGCUUCAGUGCAUAUUGCACAUUAUGAUGACAGUAAGAAGCAACAUUAUAGUGGCAGUGGAUAUGCAACAAAAAAGUACAACAAUUCUGGAGGAAUUCUUAAUACGCCAACAUUACCACCUCCACCGAAUAAUUCGAUUGUUGUAAAGACUCAAAGCUCAAAUGGAAAUCAAAGGCAAUCGAUUGGAAGUGGUUAUCAAUCGGGAAUGCAAGGAAAGAAAAAUGUAAAUUAUAAUGGUGGAAACAAUAUCAAUAAUAAUAAUAAUAAUAAUAGUAGUAAUAAUAAUAAUAAUAAUUCUACAAGUAGUCAUACAAAUAGCGAGGAUACAAAUAGUUUAAGCAAUAGUAAUAUGAGUAGCAAUUACAAUAGCAAUCGAGUAAAAAAUUCAUCAAAUCGUGAUCAAACAUCAGCUGGUUCAUCGACAGUAAGCAGUGGUGGUGUUGGUGGUGGCAGUGGUUAUCAGACAAAGUCGACUUACGUUUCAAAAGGACAUCAUCAACAUCAAAAUAAUUAUUCAGCGAACAAUAACGGAAGCAACAGUAACAGUCCAAAUUCAAAUGAUAAUUCGGAAGGUAAUAAGUAUGUGUCACAACCACAGCAGCAACAGCAUCGUGGACCAUCACGACCAGUUCCACCAAGCUUGGAUUUAAAGCGUAACAAUAAUAAUAACAACACGAAUGUUGUGACGAAUAGUUAUCAUCAUCACCAUCAGCGCAGUACGCCAAGCACAAAUUCCACUGAAAGUAAUAAUUCUCCCAACAGUAUUACAUCAUUCGAUCAUUCACGCAACUAUCACUACUCACAAUAUCCAUCAACAUCAGGCGGAACGCAUUUCUAUCGUGGUGGAAGUGCUGGCGCUAUAAGCGCAAUAAGCGCAGGUAUGCAAAUGAAUUCAAAUCCUAAUAAUACAUCGGGAGAUGGAACAUCGAUUCAAACAUGCUUUCCAUUCAAUGUUCACUCACAAAAUACAGGAGCAUCGUCGACACCUUUGAUAGACUCGUGUCAUCAUCAACUCAUCGGUUACAACACAAAUCCAAUGGCAACAGGAAUGUAUGUGAAGUUUGGACAAGCAUUUACGUUCGCAAAUCCAAUGCCGAAUAAUCGAAAAUCGCCAUCAAACGAUAUUCGUCAACCAUUAGCACCACUCGCUGGUGUUUAUUCAACUAUGAAUAUGGUGCUGCCUGGAGGACCUCGUCAAAUGAACCCACGUUCGAUGCAUAACAAUCAUAAUUAUAAAGGAAACCGUACACAGAGAUAAAAGAUGAAUUGAGAUUGAUUAUUGAUUGUUGAUUGAUGAAUGAUGAGGAAGUAGUAUCGACAGACAUAAUAAUUGCUAUCACUCCAUCAUAUUCUAAAAAAAGAAAGAAGAAAAGUCAUCAAAAAAAAGAAGAAAAAAAACAUCCGAAAGAAAACUUUAUUAAUUGAUUUACUUUUAAUGUGUUGCCAAAAAAAAAAGAAAAAAGCAGAAAGAAAAAGAAAAGAAAAAUUAUUUGAGGUAAAAAAAAGAGAGAUAAAAGUUUUCCUUAGAUGGAAAUAUUUUUGAAUCUUCUGGUUAUAUUUCUAAGUCAUUUCAAAUGAUGAAGUUAUUUAUGUUGCGAAAGUUGAGUUAGUGAUAUGAGAUUUUAAAUAAUUGAUUAAUUCAAGUUUAAAUCUCGUGAUGAUUCAAGCACAUCAAUGAACGACAACAUAGUAAGCUUCUCUUUGAAAUGUUUCAUUAUAUUAUAGUCUAGCAGAUGCCAUCAUAAGAAAAGAAAUCUUCAGUUAAACAUGACAUGAUCAACAGAUGAAGAAGUUAAAAAAGAAAUCUUUAAGAAUACAUAUUUAUAGGAACAAAAAAAAAGAAAAUAAUAAAAAAAAGGAAUCAGAGAUGACUUAUGCUAAAGCUAAGAAGUUUUAAGUGUGUAUCUAAUACAGACAUACAAUAUUAUAAAUCAUUAAGUUUCUACAAAUCUCUUAAAAAGUAAAAAAAAAAGUCAGAUAUUUAAGAAAAUAUAUUUACUCUGUUUUUUUUUUCUUUUUCAACAUUUUAUCCUUACAAUUGUUUCGAUUAAUCUAUCUCAUCUCAUUCAUUACUUAAUUACUUAAUUAAAAAUUAAAACAACUCUCUCAGAUUUCAGACAUGUUAGUUUUGUCCUUUUUCUCUUAUUGAAGUAAUAAAAAAAUAAAGGUAAAGCUAUUUCUGAACAUUGUUUAUUGUUUAAUUAAAUCUUUUUCUUUAUGAUUUCUUUUUCUUGUCUUUGCACUUUUUAUCUCACUAUUUGAAUUUUGAAAACUUUACACAAAAUCUUUCUCUAAAUCAGGAAUUGAGACUGAACAAUUUUCGUUUACAUUGGUAGUUUCCAGGUUGCCACUUUAAAAGUUCGAUUUACAUUCAAAUAGAUGGAACGCUUAAUGUCACAAAUAAAAAUUCAAUUUUGAAUGUGAUAUCUGAUUGUAAUUUUAUUAUUCAUCAAUUCACAGUUAAAAUGGAAAACUUCAACAAUAAAAAAGUUAUUUAUUUGAAGCAUAAGUUGAAUGUUUUGAAAGAUUUAGAAGGCUUUCAAAUUCAUUUUAAAUUUUGAUCUUGUCCCAGUUUUUUUAUGUUCUUUAAUUAGGUAUCUAAAGAUUUCCUAAUCGUUUGUUGUAAAGUUUCUGUUUUCAUGGAAUGUUGCGAGAUAUUAAAUGAGAUGGCGAGGAGUUUAAGAGAGAAUGAAUAUUUAAUUAGCUGAAAAGGAUGCGAAAUUGCUUUUAAAAUUAAAAGAAAAAAGUUAUUAUAAAAAAGAAAUGAUGGAAAACUUCUCAUGAAUUUUCAUUUCUACUGAAUUUUCAAUUUCUUUUCAGAUUUUUUCCUACUGAAGUGUUUAAUUUUCAAACAUUUAAAUAAAGUUUCCUACGAAACAAACUAAUACUGAA